UUUAAAUUUGGCCUCUGCAGCAAAGUAAUCUCGACAAAAGAAAGCGUACAAAAUUAUAAAUGACGUUUUUAAAUUGACAAAUACAUUAAUUUGACGACCCAAGUAUCGUAAAUGUACUUUAUUUAUACAGGAAAUGGCGUAAACAGACCGGAAAUGACCACAUAGGGCGGGACGUUUUUAAAACUAGUGCGGUUCAGUGCUGGCUGUUGACAAAUCUCAUAUUUAGCGUAUCCGUAGAGGUGGCCUGUCAUUGCUGGCAUCACGGAAAGAAAAAUGUCCUCAAAAAUUCCUAGAGGUGCACAGUUACCUGCAGAAACGAAGAAAACAGGUAAUAAAUUUGAAUCCAAAGACACAGCAACUGCAUCUGCAAAUACUGCCCAAAAAUCAGAUGGCAUCCUUAGACCUCAAAAAGAAAACUUACCAAGAAAAAAUGUUGCUUCUAAAGUUCACAAAGGGGUCUCCACCAGGUACGGGCAACAGGCAGAGCUCAAGGAGCAAAAUCAGCAUUUGACGACUGUCAACGAGGAGCUGCAGAAAAACCUCACAGAGACACAGCAAAGGGUAGAUGAGUUGAAGCUGCAGUUCGGUGACCUUGAGAAGGAGAAUGCAGAGGUACAGAAACAGCUGAAGGACUGCCAUGUUCUUCUAGUCGCAGCAAAAAUAGACCCAGUUUUAGGAGAAAGGGUUGGAGAGGCUGCACAACAAAAUGAAGAUCAAAGAAAAGAAGCUAUGAGUGUCUCUGCGGACCUGCUGAAUGAAUUAAGGACAUUUGGUGAAACUGCAUCACAGCAACGUGCUCGGCUAGAGGAAAUCCAAACAACAAUGACAGACCUCACUAAAGCACGAGAAUGCAUGAUGCAGGAAAGGGAGAACUUUUGUCUGGAGGCUGCUGAGAUGGAAAAAGCUCUCAAGGAAGCAGAAGCUCUCUUACUGUAAAAGUGUAAUCUCUCAAUUUAAAAUGAGUCUUCUUUAAAAGAAACUGUAUAUUAAUGUUUAAUGUGUUUUAAUGUAAGUGUGAUUGAAAAAGAAUAAAGGUUUCUUAUUGCCUGA